GGUACAUUACAUUUUAAGAUAAUACUGCUUACUGCUCGCCCUUUGAUGUUAAAAAGGCAACAGAACCGUGGCUAAAGAUAAUAACAUAAGACUCCUGCGACGAACCUGAGUGCCGUCAAUCAAGGGCUAAGCUAGCUGAACUGAGCCGUCAAAGGUGUUUUUCCAUCGGUGAAACCUGGGAAAUGGAGCAGUUUGUUGCGUCCGUCACACGCCUCACAGGGAGCCUUCUGCAGAAGCAGCAAACAGAUGCGACUGAUGCCAUUGACAAGAUAUUCUCAGAGGUCACUAGUCUAGAGGAAAACGUCAAAAUUGUGGAUCCACAGCUUGAGGAGUGUGCCGUCCAGCUGUGGAACUGGGCUGUUAGCAAGAAUGUGGGCGCCUCCAUAAGUAAAACUGAGAAAGCCAAAGUGCGCCAUGCUGCAUGUUGUCUGCUGUACUGCAGUGAACCUGAUCAUCCGACAGAGGGCACCAUCCGCAAGCAGUUCCAAAUGGCCAGCAGGACCGGAAGGACCUGGCUGGACUGCAAGAAUCCCCAGAUGGCAGAUCACUUUCUCAGGCUCGCUGUCAAGAGCCUGGAAUCCCUCCACAAGCAGCUCACAUCCAGAGGUGACGGCGCAUCUGGCAACAACUCGUGCAAAAUGGAAGUGGAGAAGGACCUGCUUCGAAUCCUCUCCUGUCAAGCGGAAUCGGCUAUCAUUCGAGAGAGUAAGCAAGAGGCCGUGGGCCACGUGCAACGUUGUAAAGACAUGCUGCAGCGCCUACCAACACAAACUACGUACCUUUCCCUGAUGUGCUACAACUUUGGCAUCGACACUUACAAGCAACAAAAGUAUGAAGACAGCGUGUUCUGGUUACGGCAAAGCUAUGACAUUGGCAAGAUGAAUGUGAAAUACGCACCUGAAGCAAAGGUCCAGGCGAAGGUUUUGCGUCUCUUGGCCACGGUUUACUUUGAGUGGGACUGUCACAGGUUUCAUGACGAGACUCUUAUUGCUGUCGACCUGGCUAACAAGGAAUGUGUGAGCGCCUCGGGAUUCUUCUUGAAGAUCAGAAUUCUCCUGAGAUGUGGCGACUCUGAUGAGCACAUCCGAGCAGGUCUGAAUGAGAUGCUGCAAUCUGGGGUUUCUCUUGACGUGUGUCUCAGCACAGUGAGGCUUCUCAUAUCUGAAGACCGAGAAGCGCAGGCCUUUGAGCUGCUGAAACGUGCGAGUCAGCAGUUCGAGUGGUCGCCCGACCUGGGAACUGCUCUUGUUCUGCACAUCGAGCUGCUGCUGCAGCGAGGCAAAGAACUGCUGGGCAAACAGAAGAUAGAGGACAUCAUCACCGGACACUACACGGGCAAACAGCUUGCACCACGAGAGCUCUCCAGCCUGCAUGCACUAUUAUGGGACAAAGCGUCUAAAUAUUUUGAGUCCGCAGACUACACAGAGGCCCUGCAGUGGUAUAACUACUCUCUGAGUUUCUUUAAGGCCGGGGAGAUGGACUCCGACUUGGCCAAACUGCAGAGAAACAGAGCUUCCUGUUUCUUGCACCUGAAGCAGUUGGAAAAGGCCAAAGAAGCCAUUAAAGAGGCCGAGCGUUGUGAUCCAGACAGCAUUUUCACACAGUUCAGCAUUUACAAGAUAGCGGUGCAUGAGAAUGAUGUGGACAGAGCUGCGAAGGCCGUGGGUACGAUGGCCCUGCUAUCCAGUAACCCUGCAGCCAGCGGUCCCGUGCCUGACAAUGCUGCGUCUAAACUCCUCAGUCUGGCUGCUCAGAUAGCCUUGGAGAACGGACUGCAGGACACGGCCAUGAAAGCACUGGAGAGUUUGUGUGAAACCUGCACAGACCAAGCUCUGGUUCUGAUGGCUCUCAGGUGUCUGGUCCGGCUGGUGCUCUCCACCAUAGAACAGUCCAGUGAUGAGAAAAGGGACGCCAGUCUGGAUGUGCUGCUGCCAUAUUUAAAGAUGGCGCUGCAGAAAAUGUCACAGCGGUCGUGCAUGACUGCGGAGCAACGCACGGACGAAGCCAACUGGUUCCGGAAAAUCGCCUGGAACUCAGCCCUGCGGUGUGAGAGCUGCCCUGGCAGGAUGAGGGACUUCUUUCUUCUCUCCUACCAGCUCUCCCAGAUGUGCUGCCCGGAUCGUACGGUUCUUCUCGCCCAGAAGACGUGUCUGUUCAUGGCAGCUGCCGCCUCCCUGGAGUCCUACAGGAGGUCCCCCCAGGAGGACAGGACUCAAGAUCUCGUCCAGGCUCUGGAGCACAUUCAGUUAUGCGCAGAAGUCUGGAAAACUCUGAAAGCCACAGGAAGCUUCCCAAGGGACCCAACCGACACGCUGCUGCUGCUGUACGAGUUCGAGGCGCGCGCCAAACUCAACGACCCCAAGCUUGAAAGCGUGCUGGAGUCCAUCCUGGAGCUGGAACACCUGGAGGCCAAAGUGCUGGAGACCAUUGCAGCCUUAGCCAUGGAGCCCCCGGCCCACUUCCCUCUGCUGUGCAAGAAGGCCCUGAGGGGGGCGCUGUCUCUGCACAAGAAACAACCUCAGGCCGACCUGGCGCACUGCAGCAAAUGCAUCCACAGCCUCAUCAGGCUCUCGCUCCCUGCCGGCGUGUCCGACGUGGAGCCCCGUGUGCUGGAGGAGGCCUGGGACUACUACGAGGAGGCGCUGUCCAUCAUCGCCACGUCCCCUGACGACUUCCCAGAGACGGAGGUCCUGUGGCUGCUGACCCGCGCCUGGAACACCGGCAUCCUGCUCUACAGCCUGGCUCGCUACGUGGAGGCCGAGAAGUGGUGCGGUCUGGCCAUGGGCUUCGUCCGCCACCUGGGAUCCCUGCAAGACAGCUACAAGACCCGGAUGUCAGGUCUCUACAGUGACAUCCUGGAUCGGCUGGAUAAAACACAGAGGAACGUCUUCAUGGAGGAAUGACGCAACUGGAGCAGUUGUAUUUGUUGGUACUGUACACAGUACUCAGUAGUUGUAGUACUCUACGUGUUAUACAGUAUAUGUUCAUCCAGUACUCCCACUCUUAUUGCAAAGGGUUAAUAAAGUCUG